UCCUUGCAGCGAGUUACUCCUCCACAUCACCCGACUCGCACUUCUUCACAGAUUGCACCUACUCUUGAGUUUCUGUUGCGUCGUGUUUGAGCGAUUCAAGCGAGAGACAGUAUCUGGUUCUGAAUCUGACGAGUUCGACGAGACUUCUCGGAGACUAAUUGGAAUCGUCAUUGGGUCUGUUUGAGGCCAGUUUUUGUAAUUUGUUAUUGACAAUGGGGCUCUUGGACAAGCUCUGGGAUGAUGUGGUCGCGGGGCCCCAGCCAGAGAAGGGAUUGAAGAAGCUUCGGGAGGAGCGCUUGGAUGCCGGCUUGCCCGUUGUGUUUCCAGUUGCGGAUGAUUGAGCGGCAGAGGAGUGCUGAGUUUCACAACUCUCAAGCCGAGGCUCGUCGUAUCAGUGAAAGCAUUCGUAUCAAGAACCCCCCUAUGCUGCGCCCUCUGGACAAUGAUUCUCCCAUGAGUUCUCCUGGAAUCUACGGAUCCAGCCCCCCUGUGUCACCUCCUCUGUCAUCACCUUCUCCAGUGUUUCGGGAAAAGGAUAAGAGAUGGCGUAGCGUGUUUCACCCGGACGGCAGAGAGAUGUCGCGAAACCGCUCCGCUGAAUUUGAGCAAGUCGCCGCGCCCAAUUCCCCCACAGUAUAUGACUGGAUGGUGAUUUCUGCGCUAGAUCGCUAAGCGCGGUCACUGAACAGCAUAGCGGGUCAUCUUUUUUUGUUGAGCUUCCUAUUGUAUUACGGCCACUCUCUCGAUCCUCUGACUUGGGAGAAGUGGGCAGGGUCAUGGCAAUGAUAUUCCCAGAGAUCAGAGUUGCGAUCGACAAUUGCGAUCGGGAGCCACGAAACGAAAGUAUAUGUACAUGAAACUGCUUGCCUGGAAGAAGCGAGGUGCAAACUUGCUGGGACAGAGGUGCUAGAAGAAAGAGGGCUGUCCUUUACCCGCUGAUCUACUAAUGUAAAUGAGUGUACCAAUUGUUGCAGUAGGAUGAUCCAGGUCUUGACUCUUGUUGCCACCAAGCUUCAGCAGCAAAAGAUUUUGCCGUGUUUGAGGCCGUGAUACAGAAGAGGUAUCUGUUUAUUAAGAAUGUUACCUGACAGCCUGAACCCUUGUUCUACGCUAUUUUUUGAAACAGGAGAACUUGCAUCAUCGGAUUCUACAACAGCAAAAAUGGGGCACCCAGAUCCAUGGCGGUGUACUGUAUUGUAGAGUUAGGAUGCCGAGGCAGCUUACAGCCUGAGGAAUGCGAGCCCUAGAGUAUGAAUUUUCAAUUGGGUAGGGAAUAUGCAUCUUCUGUACAGUGUUGGGUGAGGUCUUUUUGUUUUGUUCUGUUUUUCUUGUUUUUUUUGUAUAUUUAUUGGAAACAGAACUUUUGUGUUUUAGAACAAAAUUUUUCAUCGAUGGGUUUGCAAAUCAUUUUCUCGUGUGUUAUUCAUGAC